GAAUAAAGAGAACCUCUGGUUUUGAGUACUCUUUUAUUGUUGUGACAGCAUUCGGAGUGAGAAGAAGCAUAUUUUACACGCUCUAAUUUAAAUAUUCAAUUAAAAUCGAAUUUUCGAGACAUUCCAAUAAGAAUCAUGGCAACUCCCAAAGAAAUCGCUGGUUACAAACUCGGCAAAAAAGUCUACGAAGGAAAAACGAAGCAAGUUUUCGAGUUAGUCGAUAACCCAGAAUUGGUUUUGCUGUUGAACAAGGAUCGCAUUACCGCUGGCGAUGGUGCUCGUGCCCACGAUUUGGAAGGAAAAGCUGAAAUUUCCAACAAAACUAAUGCAAAAGUUUUUGGAAUUUUAAAUGCUGCCGGGGUUCGUACGGCUUUUGUCAAAUGUGUCUCAGAUAAAGCCUUUUUAGCGAAGAAAUGUGACAUGGUGCCAAUUGAAUGGGUAACGCGUCGCUUGGCAACCGGGUCGUACUUGAAACGCAAUCCGGGCAUCAAAGAGGGAUUUAGAUUUGCACCGCCAAAGCAGGAAACCUUCUUCAAAGACGACGAAAAUCACGAUCCGCAAUGGUGCGAAGAGCAAAUUGUCUCUGCCGGGUUUAAAGUCAACGGACUUGUUAUUGGUCAAGAUGAAGUUGAUAUCAUGCGUGAAACGACAAUUCUCGUCUUCGAGAUUCUCGAAAAGGCCUGGAAAACGCGCAAUUGCGCCCUCAUCGACAUGAAAAUCGAGUUCGGAGUCGACGAAAAAGGCCAAAUUCUCGUCGCCGAUGUCAUCGAUUCGGAUUCGUGGCGCUUAUGGCCCGCCGGCGACAAGCGUCUCAUGGUCGACAAACAAGUUUACCGGAAUCUCGUUGAAGUCACACAAACGGAACUCGAUACUGUCAAGCGGAAUUUCAACUGGGUGAGCGAGCAACUUGACAACAUCCUGCCGAAAAACGAUCAUCUUGUCGUCAUUCUCAUGGGAAGUGCUUCGGACAAGGAACAUUGCGAGAAAAUUGCGCGUCACUGCGCGGCUUUGGGCUUGAAUACGGAACUUCGGGUGUCGUCGGCGCACAAAGGAACUGCUGGCACGUUGCAAAUUGUCGCCGAAUACGAAAGUUUGUUCGAUAAUUUGGUCUUUAUUUGUGUGGCGGGACGUUCGAAUGGCUUGGGACCCGUGCUUUCGGGCAAUACGUCGUAUCCCGUGAUCAAUUGUCCGCCAGUUAAUGCGGGAAAUAUGCAAGUUGACUUGUGGUCGAGUUUGAAUGUGCCAAGCGGAUUGGGUUGCGGAACUGUUUUGUAUCCGGAAGCGGCUGCCUUGAAUGCCGCACAAACCUUGGGACUCACAAAUUACUUGAUUUGGUCCAAAUUGCGCGUCAAAAUGAACGAGAACUUGUUGACGUUGAAGAAGGGCGACAAGGAAUUGCGUGGCGUUAGAAAAGUUGAGUGAAAAAUUGAAUCUUUUUUAAAAUUUGUUUUCUUUUUCUUUAAAUAAAAAAAUAUAUUUGUUAAAAAAUUA